CUUCACAUGCAGUCUGCUCAACGUGGUCCGGCUGUGUUGCAGUUGAAUGCUGCUCGCAAGCGUGAUUCACAUGUACAAAGUUUAAAAACUCGAUUGCGAAAAAAUAUGAACGCUAUUACUGAGAAUUACGAACUGAUUCUUUCUCGAGCAAAAGUAGACACGAAUGAGAGCUCCGCGAUCCUGGGUGCUUAUGCUCAAGCGGAACAGGACACGUACGAGAUGAGCGUACGGGCGGCAAAUAUUCUUUCCAGUCAUAUCAUUCUGCAGACUGACUCUUUAAGCAUGGAUUGGUCGUCCAUUCUUUUUGUGAAGCACACAAGAUGA